GUCUUCUCAAAAUGGAGCCUGUAGCCCUUGUUUGCAUCGACCAGCAAUGAUAGACUACGAUUAGUUCCAACGGACUGGUCUUCAUCGCUGCUGCUGAUCCAUGGAUCGUCGUUCUGAGGCCAAAGAAGCAGCCCCGUCCGCUGGGCCCAGCGACAUGUCGACACUGACGCGUAUGCCCCCGCUCCUCUACGGCACGGCGUGGAAGGCCGAGGCAACGACGGCGCUUGUGCUGCAAGCCCUCGCCUCUGGGUUUCGAGGCCUGGACGUGGCGGGACAGCCAAAACACUAUCGCGAGGAUCUUGUCGGUGAGGCCGUCUUGCAUGCGGCAAGGGACUUGGGCAUUCCGAGGGAAGCGCUAUGGAUACAGACAAAGUUCACUUCGCUCGGUGGCCAAGAUCGCAACAAGCCGCUGCCGUACGACGGGAAUGCGCCGGUCCGCACAGCCGUCCGCCAGAGCUUCCACACGAGCCUGCGCAACCUCCACCAGGGCCCGCGUUGGAUCUGGGACGAGGGCGAGGCCAAGGGAGACGGUGCAAGGGCGCGUCCGUGGAUCGACAGCUACCUGCUGCACUCGCCAUUGGACACACUUGAGGCGACGGUGGAGGCGUGGGAAGCAAUGGAGGACCUCGUCGUCGAAGGAAAAGUGCGCCAGAUUGGAUUUUCUAAUGUCUAUGACCCCAGGAUAUUUGCCGUCUUGAGGAGCGCUGGCAAGAGAGUGGGCCCGCGGAUACUGCAGAACCGGUGGCACCACACGAGCGGCCACGAUGUCUCUCUGCUCCCGCUCCUCUCCCCCUCGCUCUCGCCAAACGACUUUCCACUGCCGGGUGCCUCGUCGGGCCAAGGCAUCAUCUACCAGCCCUUUUGGACGCUGACUGGCAACCCAAGACUGCUGUCAAGCGAGGGCGUCAUUCGGUCGGCCAUCAAGCACGACUGGACGCCGCAGCAGGUCGUCUACCGUUUCGUGGCCCAGGGCUUUGGUGUCAAGGGCAUCGCCACGGCGGUCCUCUGCGGGAGCACAGACGAGGCACACAUGCGCGAGGCCGUCCACGUCGUCCUGGGCGAGGAAGCCCUCGACGACGACGAGGUCGACGAGAUUCGACGUGGCAUAUACGGCGAGUGAUAUCUUCUUCACAGCGCGACAAAGCAUCAGCAUCAGCACCAGUCCCGGUCCCAGUCCCAGCACAAGCACCAGCAUCCCACGCCCCACCCUCAGCAAGCUCCUCCUACGAACAAUCUGAUGAUGACCGACCAUUUGGCAAAUGCUCGGAAGAAUAGCGGUUUGUAUUCUAGCUUUUCUCCCUUAGCUUCGUUUUCUUCCCCUCCCCCUGUCCCAGGAAUUUAGAGCUUUCAUUCGC